AUGGUGACAGUAAAGCUGCAACCUGCGUCGUUGCAAUCCAACUGCUUGGAGCUGAUCAUGUUUGGUACACCGGAUGCAGUCGUGUGUCACUCGUCAUCAGGAAGCUUCUUCCAUCGACCUCCGUCCACGAUAACUCUGUCGACACGUAAGGUGGAGCCGUUGGGCGGAUACUCGCUGGUCCUCACAACGCAACCGCUGACACGCAAGCCUCUGGACAAGGACGCUGUACAGCUUCUGCUACUCAAGAGUACCCCUUCGGAACUAGGCGUGGGCAAUGGUGUGCUACCGGCGGAGCGGGCUCUGCAGGAAGCUCAGCUCUUCACGCGAGAGUUGUUCCGCGUUGCUGCUCAACACUGCGAACUAGAAUUUCAACUUAAGAUUCUUUCUUUGACGACCUGCCAGAUUCAGGAACUUGGCGGACUGGACGGUUGCUUCCGUCUCAAGCAGAUCAACGCUCAAAACAACUGCAUCCGUAUUAUCCAGGUCGUCGUCGUCCCCUUUGUCGCUCGUUUGUCAUUGUCGGCUGCAACGACGGCCGUGAUGCAGCCAAGAGCAGAUUCAUCCAUGUUUUGGUCUGCUCCUCGACGUCGAAGCGCUGCGAAAGCUGCCAAACCUGUGACAGCGAAGCACUCUCCGAUUAGUCAAAGAAACUUGGAUCCAGACUUUGAAGAAGCCGAAUUGAGCAGCAAUGCGUCGGAUCAUCCCGAAGCCGACAACCAACCUGGUGAUCAAGUUGAGAUAAACAAAGAAUCUAAUCAGUCUACAAGCAGUGUGGGUCAGCCGGGGACAUCUGGGGUGGAAGAAGAACCGAAGGAAGACACGCGGCAUAAUGGUCUGUCUGAUGUGAAUCAGAUUGUAAAUGACGAUGACCCCAGCAUAUUUGCAACAUUUGAGUCAGACGCCGAGAGCGAUGAUGGAGACGAAGACGACCAGUUUGUCGAUGCCAUUGAUGAUGACGUGGCACAAGAACCUGCGCCCCCGGAAAUGCAAUUUGACGACGAUUACUCUCAGCACUCGGUGGUGUUGAUGGCAUUGCAUCGGGUGUAG